GGCCCUGCAGGUGCCUUCACUAGCCCCAUCCCAGUGAGAGUUGCUGGGCUGGAUGGUCAUGGGGGAGCCCAGUAGAGAGGAAUAUAAAAUCCAGUCUUUUGAUGCAGAGACUCAGCAGCUGCUGAAGACAGCACUCAAAGAUCCAGGUGCUGUGGACUUGGAGAAAGUAGCCAAUGUCAUUGUGGACCAAUCCCUGCAGGACUGCGUGUUCAGCAAAGAAGCGGGACGAAUCUGCUACGCCAUCAUCCAGGCAGAAAGCACGCAAGCUGGCCAGAGUGUCUUCCGCCGUGGCCUCCUCAACCGACUGCAGCAGGAAUACCAGACCCGGGAGCAGUUGCGAGCCCGCUCCCUGCAGGGCUGGGUCCGCUAUGUCACCAUCAUCUGCAACAUCUUUGACUACUUGAGGGUGAACAACAUGCCCAUGAUGGCCCUGGUGAACCCUGUCUACGACUGCCUCUUCCGGCUGGCCCAGCCUGACAGUCUGAGCAAGGAGGAGGAGGUGGACUGCCUGGUGCUGCAGCUGCACCGAGUCGGGGAGCAGCUGGAGAAGAUGAACGGGCAACGGAUGGAUGAGCUCUUUGUCCUGAUCCGAGAUGGCUUCUUGCUCCCAACUGGCCUCAGUUCCCUGGCCCAGCUGUUGCUGCUGGAGAUCAUUGAGUUCCGGGCGGCCGGCUGGAAGACCACCCCGGCAGCCCAGAACUAUUAUUAUAGCGAGGUUUCCGACUAGCCCUCCAGUGAGCCAGAGGGCCUUCAUCAGCAGAACCAGCCCUUAUCCACCCACCUCCCAACCUGGUGAUGGAGUCUUCUGCUUCCCACAAGACUU